UGUUUUUUAAGAUGAUACUAUUAUAAAUUCCGUAACUUUUUAUUUCAAAAGUUUCUUUUAAUGAUCCCUUCAAAAGAGGUCAUUUGUUAUCAGCUAAUAGAAUUGUUUUCAAAAACUGAACACCUCACAAAUAUUGUUAAUAUACAAGCUAAAACUAAAAAAAAUGUAUGCAUGUAUUUGUUGUAUUGUUAAUAGUUAUUUUAAUGUUUGUCCAACUUUCUUCCAAUAUUAAUAAGUCUUCCAGCCUUGGAUCAAACCACUUUUCUCCAUCAGCUGUCAGGUGAGUGCAGACAGUCAUCCAGCCAGGGAGGAAUUUGAGUCCAUUGUUCCAAAUGGACUUCCUGUUUGCGACAGUGUUGGAUGACUUUGGGCAGGUGGGAUGUGAUUCCACAUUCUGUGCUCUGGUAGUGAGCUGCAUGUCUGCACUGUCACCGUGGAUAAAAAUAGCUUUCCUGAAAGCGAUGCAGGGACAGCAGGAAUUUGGUCACAGAGGGGAGGGAUCACAGGGUCUUCAUAAGGCACGAGUCUCACUCUGAAGCUCACAAAGCACAGGCACAAAGGCCUUUGAACAAACUCAAGAGGAUACAAGAAGCUUCUCUGAACGGGAACCUCUGUGCUCCAUCGGGACAUGGGGAUACGUGGAUCCAAAGCCAAGAAACAAGCACAGGUUCUGAUGCUAGGUCUGGACCGUUCAGGGAAGACAACACUUCUCUACAAACUGAAAUACAACCAGAGCGUGGUAACCGUACCGACAGUGGGUUUUAAUGUGGAAAGUCUGGAAACCGACAGGAGCAGUCCAGAUUUGACAGUGUGGGAUGUUGGGGGUCAGAGGAAGAUGAGGCCCCACUGGAAGCAUUACUAUCCUGACACCGCUGGUCUGAUGUUUGUGGUGGACAGCUGGGAUGAGAAGAGGCAGGACGAGGCCCGCAAAGAACUCCAUCGGGUUCUGAGACAUGAAAGUCUUAAAGGAGUUCCUCUUGUAAUUCUGGCCAACAAACAGGAUCUUCCAGGUUGUUGUAGUCCAGAAGGUCUUAGCCAGAAACUGGACCUGAAAAGGGCGUGUGCUGGAAGGGCGUGGUUCCUUCAGCCCUGUUCAGCCAUCACUGGGAUGGGACUUGAGGAGGGGUUCCGGAGAAUGGUGUAUCUGAUGAAGACUCCACUGGGGCAGACUCAAGAGCACAUCAAGUUAAAGAUGAAAGCAAAAGGCUUCAAGUUCACAUCAGCCAAAAAAGUCCUUUCCUGUGGCAGCUGAUGUCUGUUCUCUCCGCGCUGGAUUUAUUUUUCUCUUCUUGUGCUGCUGAACGGAUAUUUAUGUGAGCUCAAAAAGGUUGUAGGAAGUAGGGCAGCUUCUCAGAAACCUUGGAACAAAUAGAAGAUAUUCUGCUGGGGAUGAUAAAUCUAAAGGAUUACGUGAAUGCUUUGGGGUUUUGAGGAGGAUCCUUCUUAGAAAAAAAAUUAUUUCUAAGCAGACUGGCUACAAACUGACUGGAUAUAGUAAAAGUCAACAAAUGAGUUUGGAUAAAUAAUAUCCAUUGUUACAUGAAUACAACUAAAGGAUUUGUUGGCCUUAUUUUCAGGAGCACAUCAUAAGAAAACAAAAUUACCUUUAUUGUAUUUCUUUUUUAUUUGUUGUCAUUUUUGUUGUAUUUUCUAUUAGAACGUCAUCUAUUAAUCACUUUUGACAAUUUUGUAACUUUUUUAAAACCUGAAAGUAUUUUAAAAAUGUGUAAAGUCAUGUCAUAGUUGAUGUGUGUGU